AUGCAUCUUUCACUUUUAGGACUCGUAGUUCUUCUCUCGGCACAUUUCGCUCUGUCAUCAAAUCACGACGAAAUAAAGAAGGCUUGUUAUAAAGAAACUGGAUUUGAAAGCGAUAUCGAAAAAUUGAAUUUAAAUGAUCCUGCUAUACCAAAUGCAGCUAAGUGUACUUUGGCUUGUGGAUUAGAAAAGCAUGGUGUGUUUAAAGCAGAUGGUUCCUUUGACAUAGAAAAUGAGAAACUGUUGAUAGAAGAACUAAUAAAAGAUGAAGAAUUGAAGAAGAAAUAUAUGAAGGCAAUCUCAGAAUGCGAACCAUCAGUUAAGGCAAAUAAAUGUGAAACAGCUUACGAGUACACCAAGUGUGUAAAGACCAAGGCUGGAGUUAUAUAAAGACACGGAAGUAAGAUUUUACGCCUUCUUGUCAUUAAAAUAUAUCCGCAUCUAUCAAAAAAAUGAUUUUUAUUUCCAGCUUAAAGUUUAAUCUUUGAUUGUAAUUAUUGUUAUCAAAAAUAAAUCAAUAAAUUU